UGAUUGCUGUGUGGUUUGUGUGGUCUCCUCAGUUCAGCAGGGUUUGACACUUCAGAGCAAACGGGGGGCGUCGCCAUUGGAGUGAGCUCAUAGCUCGGUUCUGAGGGGGCAAAACAGAGCUGGUGCGACUUCAUGCGUCUAUUUUCAGGGACGUCGUGCUGGCUGAAGGUGGUUUGGUCGGUGGGUUUCUGACUUUGGCUGAAGUUUAAGGACGACUGAAGAUGGACGAGACCAACAGAACCUUCGACCCGCGCUGCAGACAGGACCCCCCUUUCGCCAUCGACAUCAUUUUGCAGCUGGACAUAUUCGGGAUCGUCCUAUACUCUGUCCUGACCUUCAUGGCCACGGUUUCCAUGCUGAUUUACCUUGAGGAGUGUGUCUACAUCUACAAGAAAGUAGCCUCCAACAAGAAGAGCGCCAUCAUCUGGGUUAAUGGAGCGGCACCGGUUAUUGGUGCAAUGUCCUGUUUGGGUAUGUGGAUACCUAAGGCCACCAUGUUCACAGAUAUGACCUCAGCUACGUACUUUGCGAUUGUAGUGUUCAAAUUCCUCAUCCUGAUGAUUGAAGAGUGUGGCGGAGACGAAGCCUUUCUGAAGCGGUCAGCGAAGAAAACCUUCAAGAUCAGCACUGGACCCUGCUGCUGCUGCUGUCCCUGUCUGCCCGUAGUGCCGGUCACCAGGCGGUGUCUGUUCUUACUGAAACUUGGCUCCUUCCAGUUUGCUGUUUUGAAGGUGGUCUUGACGAUCCUGUCCAUCGUCCUGUGGACCAAUGAAAACUAUGAUGCCACUAGUGCUGAAAUCAAUGAUGCUGCCAUCUGGAUAAAUUGUGGAAUGGGGGUCUUCACCACGAUCGCUCUCUGGCCUGUUGGCAUUAUGUUCUUACAUACACGCGAAACGUUGCGCAGAGUGAAGAUUGUUCCUAAGUUUGCUAUGGUUCAAUUGGUGCUGAUUCUCAGUCAGCUGCAGACUGCCAUCAUUAAUACGCUGGCCAUGAAUGGAACCAUCGCCUGUUCCCCACCGUACUCCUCCAGGGCCCGAGGUUUCUUGAUGAGUCAGCAGCUUCUGAUCUUGGAGAUGUUCAUCAUCACGCUCGUGACUCGGAUGUUAUACCGACGUGAAUAUGAGCCCAUACCAGACGUGGACAGUGAUGAGGAGAAGAAGAUGAUUUGCUCUGAGAGUUCAUCAAACCCAGUAUGAAAAGAAGCAGCUGUUGUUGUGAAUGUAUACAGGUGAAAAGCUUUCAUGGCCAAGUCCCAGCACAAAGAACAAAAACGGUCACCAAGUGGAUGCAUCUGUUCUGUGCUUUUACACUGUUUUCAUGUAUUUAUCCAUGAGAUUCUCUAGCAUCGGUGAUGCAGAGUCUUUGAAUUUUAUCAUCUCUGUUGUGGAGUAAGUCGAUUUUGAUCACUUUGAUAGCAUGAGUAUUCCUUAGUUAUGCAUAGUACCAUGUUCAGACCAUUUGUACACAUUGCAUAGUAUUUCAAACUAUUCUGAAGAAGUUUUGCUUAUGCUGCAGUGUUUGAUGUGUGUUAUUAAUUUGCAUUCCGUAUAAAUAUAAUAAAUCCAUCCCUAAUUUAUAAUGGGUUUAUAUUA